AUGAAAUCCCACUCACUAUGGGGCACAGCAAAGAACCCUGUCAAGUUCCGAAUACCAACUGCCGACAAUCUAGUACCAAUUAGACUGGACAUUGAAAUUGAUGGGCAGCGACUUAGAGAUGCUUUCCUCUGGAACCCAUCCGAUCCUGAUUCUGAAGUCGUCGUGUUUGCAAAAAGGAUGGUGAAGGACUUGAAGCUUCCUCCAGCCUUUGUCACUCAGAUUGCUCAAUCCAUUCAAACUCAGUUAGGCGAUUUUCGAUCAUAUGAGGGGCAAGAUAUGUUUAUUGGCGAGAAGGUUGUUCCAAUCAAGCUUGAUCUCCGUGUUAACCAUACUCUUAUCAAGGACCAUUUUCUCUGGGAUUUAAACAACUUUGAGAGUGAUCCUGAAGAAUUUGCCAAAACCUUUUGCAAAGAUAUGGGCAUUGAAGAUCCUGAAGUUGGACCUGCUGUUGCAAUUGCCAUCAGAGAACAGCUUUACGAGAUUGCUGUGCAAAAUGUGACUUCAGCCCGUGAAAGCAGAAUAAACAAGAAAGGGCGUAGAGGAUUCGACCAUGUCCAGGCCAGCAAGACUGGUGGCAAUGCUGUGGAUUUAUUUAAGCUAUUUGGCAACAAGUCGAGUGUCGUACGGAAGAGGAAAGAGUGGGAUAUGUACGAACCGAUUGUUGACCUGUUGUCGAAUGAAGAAGUUGAUGCCCUUGAAGCAAAAGAAGAAAGGAAUGUUCGAUAA